CAAACCUUAACCCGGUACCGAACAGUCUGUACGGGACGGGGUACCAGACAUGGACCAGGCUAGGGUUAGGAAAAUGGUUAAAAAGUGACAUUUUUAAAGUUGUAAAAAUGCAGUUUUAGAGUGUUUAAUAAAUGUUUAUGCUGUUCGGCCUGAGGCCUAAGGGGAGUUUUGGAUUUUGGCCCCCUGUGCAAUUGAGUUUGAUGCCCCUGCCAUAGAUAAACUCGUGAGCUGAAGGUGCUGCCUACUUCAGGUGAUGAUAGAAAAUAUAGUUGCAUGUUGUUUUUUUAUAUAAAAGGUAGUGAAAGUCACGGUGAUGUAACAUCUCUGUUUUUUCUGCAGCUCUACCUUCUGCCCUACAGGCUGGCUGCCAGGUAUCCAAAGACCCGCAUCGGCCGCUUGGCCACCUACACGGACCACAGCAGGAAGUUGGACCUCUGCGACGACUACAUCGUUCACAGCAACGAAUUUUUCUUCGACCGAGAUCCUAGAAUCUUCCACAACAUCUUUAACUUCUACAGAACUGGAGUGUUGUCCAUCAAAGACGAGCUAUGUCCUCACAACUUCCUGGAGGAGAUCCACUACUGGGGGGUCAGGAUCAAGUACAGCCAACGCUGCUGCCGCAUCUCCUUUGAGGAGAGGCAGGAUGAGCUGAACGAGCAGCUGAAGAUACAGAAGGAGCUGAUGGCAGAGGCUCUCCAGCUGGAGGUGGAGAACAAGGCAGCAUUCGACCACAUGACCUUGGGGCUGAUCCGAAGGAGAAUCUGGAACUUGAUGGAGAAGCCGUUCUCUUCCAUCCCUGCCAAGCUGAUGGGGGUGGCCUCAUCCUUUUUUGUGCUGGUCUCGCUGGUCGCCAUGACGCUCAAUACUGUGGAGGAGAUGCAGUACAAGGUAGGUACUCCCUCAGGUCAGCCCAGCGGCAGAUUCUACGGGGAGAACGCCGAGACCUUCUGCAUCUGCUUCUUCACUCUGGAGUACCUGCUGCGCCUGAUUUCCACGCCCGACCUGAAGUGUUUCGGGCGCAGCGUUCUGAACACUGUGGACCUCAUCGCCAUACUCCCGCACUACCUGCAGAUGAUCCUGGAGUGCUUUGAAGACAAGGACUUUCACCUGCACUCAGGAGACAUCGAGACCGUGGCUCGUGUUGGAAAGGUGGGUCAGGUUCUGAGGAUCAUGCGUCUGAUGAGAAUCUUCAGGAUUCUGAAAUUGGCUCGGCACUCCACAGGUCUCCGAGCCUUCGGCUUCACCCUGAGGCAGUGCUACCAGCAGGUGGGGUGUCUGCUGCUCUUCAUUGGAUUGGGGAUCUUUAUGUUUUCUGCCAUGGUGUACAGCGUGGAGCAUGACUCGUACAACACCAACUUCACUUCCAUGCCGCAUGCUUGGUGGUGGGCUGCUGUUAGCAUUUCCACCGUGGGCUACGGUGACAUGUUCCCAGAGACCAACCUGGGACGCGCCUUUGCCUUUGCGUGCAUCUCCUUCGGCAUCAUUCUCAACGGCAUGCCCAUCUCCAUCCUCUACAACAAGUUUUCCGACUACUACACCAAACUGAAGGCCCACGACUACGCCAUGGUCACCAAGGCUCGUGGAAAGGUGCGCUUCAUCAAGAGGGCAGCAAAAAGGUUUACAGACUGCUGUGAUGGCCAGAACAAGACUAGUUGCUCGAGUUCAGAAAGCCUCAUCGAGGGUUCUGCGAGGAAACACAGAUUUAUGGAAUAAUAACCUGUCCUCCUUCAGACAGUAAGAUGGAGGAGAGAAAGUGGUUUCUGUCUAAAUGAAUUCCUUCAGGAUCUUGCUGCCCUUCAGAAUUAUGACUCAAUAGUCAAACCUCAAAAGUGGAAUUGAAAAUCUUUCUACAGGACCUCCAAAUGUUGUUUAUGCAAAUAUGUUUUUUAGACCAGCAGUAAUGUCAUGUGUUUUUAGGAUUAGUUUUUUCCCCUAAAGCUCCUUGUAAUGUGGUUCAAAGACGUUCACGUCACUCUUUACUUUGACUACUAACGUCACAGACAUUCAAAAGUUUAUUUAUCAAAUUGAAAUUAUGAAUACUUCUUCAACCAGACAUGGUAUGGACCAAACUGUGUUCUUGUUCAUGAACUUCAUAGGUUUUAAAGUUCAAACUGUUAUAUUGUGGAGAUUUUCAGAUGGCAGAACCACUGUUCAUGGAUUUCUGAUUUCUUAGUCGUGUGACCUGUGUUGGGAUAACAGGAUCUGCGGUGAUUUGGACCCAGACAUUCCUGUUUCCAAAGCUGUGAGCAGCUGAGCUGCAGAAGCUCAGUCAGAUACAGACAUGUAGUCAUCUUUACAGUCAUCUUCGCUCUUAGGUUUAAUGCUCAAAUUGGUUUAGAACAAAUUAUUUAAAAAAAAAAGUUGUUUUAGUUGAUGUCAUUGCUUUUAUAGUCCCGUAGGGGGCGGUGUAUGAGUUUGAAAAAAUCUUCUUCUUCUGUAAAACAAAACAAAAAAAAAAAAAAACAGAACUUUUCCAGAAGCUGCUGGAACAUGAACUGUUGGCGUUCGUGUUAUCCCGAGUUUAUAAACAGACUCGGUCUGGUUGCUUCAGUCUAUCUUCAGGUGUGAUCCACUACUGAGCGGCACGCGGGCUUGACCUGCUGCCCCCCCUCGUUAGACCACCGGGUCUCACGGGGAUCGGGUAUCGACACCACCACGUCGAUACCGAGCCCAGAGCUCCGGCGCUCCACCCAUCCUCCAGCCCCAGCCUCCAUGAACGGGAAAUGCCCAC